UUCUUGUUGAAGAUCGGGUAAGUGGGGACACCUGCGCCCUCUCUCUUUUGCUGCUCUGCCUCCGGGACGCUGUUCUCUUGCUCCAUUGCACUGGAAGUGGUCUGCCGUUUCUUGAGCCUCUCCAGCCAUCCUGUGCAUCUAGUCUCUUGCAGCUGAUUUUCAAAAAGGUUCCACAAUCACCUAAGGAUGUCCUUUCACGAGCAGCAGUGCCAGCAGCCAUGUGUGCCUCCUCCGUGUCUUCAAAAGACCCAAGAGCCAUGCCAGACGAAGGCUGAGGAGGUGUGCCUCCCCCCAUGCCAGGACCCCUGCCAGGAGAAGUUCCCGGUGCAAGUUCAGGAGGUGUGUCUUCCUCAGUGCCAGGAGCUAAAACAAGAAAACUGUCCACAGCAAGGCCUAGAUCCAUGCCCACCUCCAUGCCAAGACCAGUGCCCACUUCAGGGUGUAGAGCCAUGCCAGGAGCUUUCCCAGACAAAAUGUGUAGAGGUGUGCGCACAGCAAGUCCAGGAGACGUGCUUACCCCCCGGCAAGGCCAAGUAGCUGCUCAUAAUGCCAUCUGGGGUCAAGAAGACGGCCGGCAGAUGAGAGCCCCAUGCCAGCCCAUGCUGUGGUGACCUCACCUGUGGGUACCUCUGUGUGCACCCUGUUCUUGCCUUCUGGCUUCUUCGGUGUUCCAGGACUUGCUCUGUGUCUCUGAAGACCGUUCUCUCUGUAUUUCACCAACCUCUGUGACUCUGCAUUGUUCUCAGCAGUCUAAUAGAAGGAAGGUCUCAACUGUAUGAAUGGUGUGGUUGUAAGGGGAAAUCGCAGAAGCCUACUUCAGCUCCCUCGGGGCAAAAAUUCACCAGCCCUGGGUGUGGAACAGCUAAGGAUGCCUCUGUCCAUCUUUCAGUGACAGCCUGUCACCUGAGCCUCAAAACAAAUGGAAUUCUGAUGGACAUUGUAUUGAUCACCACCACCGCCACUGUGGGUGUGGAGAAGAGAUUGGUGGUAUUACAAAAAUCAAAAAUUGGGCAAUUUUAUGUCUGCAUCCUAGAAAACAACAGCAGAUGAUUGGACAUUGGAGUGUUGGUUGUGCUUUUUAAAAAUGAAAUAAAUGUAAGUGUGUAAAUGAUUAAAUCCAAACAGCCAAUAAGGAAAGUCAAGAUGGGGGUGUUUGGGGUCCUAGCUGACGUUUGUGCUUCGCAGCUGGUCUGUUUUGGUCCCUUAAUUUCUGCCAUGUACCUUCGUUAGAGAUGUGAUUCGUAUCUGCGUGGUGCAGACUGGUCUGCUCUCCAGCUUCUUUGCUUUCUUCUCUCUGCUGAAGACAAAAUACAGAAUAAAGUUGAUCCUAA